CCAGAUUCAGAAUCGUCGUCGUUUUCACCUUCCCGUCGUGAGUCUGGUGACGGCGAGAGCCAGAAAGCCGUAAAAGAUCCGGCAGAUCGUUCAGUUCAACCGAGGAAGAUCGACAGAGGAGAAGAAGAAGAAAGCCUGAGAAGAUGUUACCUACAGCGAACAAGGGACGUUCAUCGUCUUCCACAUCUCGAUCUAAUCCUAUGUUUCCUCACUACCUCCGGCGAAUCGUCAAGUGGCAACAAAUGGAUAUUGAAUAUUCUUUUUGGCAAAUGCUUCACCUAUGCACUGCACCAAAAGUCGUCUAUCAGCACACAAAGUAUCACAAACAAACUAAAAACCAGUGGGCACGUGAUGACCCUGCUUUUGUUGUUAUCUGCAGCCUCCUCUUGACUGUCACAACCAUUGCUUAUUGUGCUGCGUAUGACCACAGUGCUUCACAUGCUGUUUUUGUAGUCCUCUCAGUACUGCUUUUCCAUUUUCUACUCACUGGAGCUUUUCUGGCUACAUGUUGUUGGUAAGAGCUACUCUAUUCAGCCGAUCCAAAAGAAAAAAAAAAGAGCUACUCUAUUCUAAAAAAUUUUGUGCAGAAAAUACUUAUGUGAUAAAUACUUUAAUUGCCAGAAGUCUGUAUUUGUUUGCUGUCAUGAGGAUGCUACAGUGGCUUCUAUACUAAGCUCAUUGAACAUCAUAGCCCCCCAGAAAGUGGCAAAAUAGCUUUUAUUUUGAAGCUGAGAGACAAUAGCAAGAAUAACCCAUUCACUGUAUACAAUCUAAGCAGUUCCUUGGUGAAACCAAGGCUACCUUUUUCUGCUAAUUCAAAACUUAUGUCUGGGAAUAUUGGGAUUUCACACUUCCUAAAGACCUUCACUGACCACUCCAUUUGGAAAUAUCAUUGUUGAUAUCAUGGUGUAAGAUUUUUGUUAAAUGUACUGUAUGACCAAGUGUGGAGCAUUUUUCUUCUUCAAAUACUUUUAUGAUGGGAACUUGCAUUAAGAAUGGCUGUGAUUGUAUUAUUGGUAAAGUUUUACUAGUAGAGGUUGCAGUUAUAUGUCAAAUAGAUUAGUGUGAUGGCAAUUCCAUUCCUUGGCUUCAUGCAGGUCCCUGACAAAUGCCUACCUACGGGAAGAGGCUCCAAAUAGUCAUGUGGUUGAGCAGCGGGUUGAAUGGCUCUAUGCAUUUGAUGUGCACUGUAAUUCUUUCUUCCCAAUGUUUGUUAUGCUUUACGUUAUACAUUAUUUCCUGUCACCUCUCCUGGUAACCCACAGCUUCUUAGCUGUGCUGCUGUCAAAUCUGCUUUUCAUGCUGGCCACUUCGUACUAUCAUUAUCUCAACUUUUUAGGUUAUGAUGUACUUCCCUUUUUGGAGAGGACAACAUUUUUCCUCUACCCGAUUGGCAUUGUAAUUGUCCUUUCUCCUAUCUUAAUUUUAAGCGGCUUCAAUCCCUCAAGAUACUUUAUGAACAUGUAUUUUGGUCAAAGGUUGUGAUUUACUAACACUAGAGAUACUACAACUUACGAGGAGCAUCACUAGUUUGGAGACAGCACAUACAUGUUAAAACAGAUGAACGGAGCCCGAAGGAUAAGUAGGGGAUAAGGGAGGGGAUCCCAUCUUCAAGAGGCAAUUGAAGGAGUUUCUCUCGUCAUCAGUAACGGAAAUUAGAGGUAAUUGGAGUUAGAAUUGGGAGUGAUUUUUCAGUGGUGAAGAUGAUUGAUGAUAAUCGAUCUAUUAAAAUUGUAAUGAUUUUGACCAUCUCGUCAAUUCUGUUAAUACAUAUGGUUAUCAAUCUGGGAAAUCAGAGCUGAUACGAGAUGCAUGUCCAGAUUCUUUUUGUAUUUGCGGACUUUAUCAAUAUAGGACUCUUUCCACGGUGUAGUUAGUCCUUUUUUUUUUCUCUCCUUUUGUAUUUGAUGUGAUGAUAUUUAAAAUUGAGAAAUAAUUUUGAGAUAAUUUU